CUCACGUCCUUCCGUUUCCUUCUCUCUCUUUCUCCGCCAUCGUGGUGCGUGCGUUCGACUCUCUUUCGCCAUGUCUUCUCAUAAGACUUUCAGGAUCAAGAGGUUCCUGGCCAAGAAACAAAAGCAGAAUCGGCCCAUUCCCCAAUGGAUUCGGAUGAAAACUGGUAAUAAAAUCAGGUACAACUCCAAGAGGAGACAUUGGAGAAGAACCAAACUGGGUCUAUAAGGAAUCACACAUGAGAGAUGGCUCACACAUUUAUACUGUAUCCAGCUUGCCUGCAUCUUACCAUAAUCACUGAAAAUAUCACUACUGUCUGGACAGUUGGGCGUUUUAAUUAGGAAAUUAUUGGAGGCGUGAUUUUCUUUUUUCUGCAGUAGAUUGGUUCAGUAAUAAAUGUGAGACCUUUUAAACUAC